UUCAGUCCUGCGUCGGCCGCCGGCUGCUCCGCUGGUGUUUGCUCGGUCGGCGCAGGCGCUCCGCCCUCACACGAGCUGCAGCUGGGAGAGGAAGCACGUCACCCCGGUUUCCCGCGCUGCGCGGGCUCACUCUCUCGGCGGCUGUGAAGAUGGCGGGUAUCCUGGACGUCCCGAAGAGCAGAGUCAACUGCUCCAUGCUGUCCCAGCACAUCAACAGGGCCGUGUGCUUCGUGGGCCGGGUGGAGCAGGUUCACCCGAGCGGGAAAUCCUUCAGUGUCUCCGACGGAGAGGGGAAGCGGGCCACGGUGGAGCUCAGCGACCCGCUGGAGGAGGAGCUGAGCGGCGUGGUGGAGGUGGUCGGCACGGUGUCGGCCAAAGGAGCCAUCCUGGCCAGCUGCUACACCCUGCUGCGCGAGGACAAGGGCGUGGCGUUUGACCUGGAGCUGUAUAACGAGGCCCUGAAGCUGGUCCAGGACUUCCCCCAGCACUACCCCUUCCAGGCAGCGGCCAGCGGAUGAAGCCUUUUCUUUUUUUCUUUUUUCUACAGAAAUAAAGUGUGUUGUUGAAAGUC